GGCGGCCCAGGUGUCUGAGGAGAAGGGGGCCGAGGUGGGCGCGGCGCUAUGGGAGGUUCGGCCGGCGGCCACCGAAGCGUCCCGGGCCGAGUACGGUGAAGCUCCGCCGGCUGGCCAGGAGCAACGCGGAGCUGCUGUGACGGCGGCAGGACUAGGGAAGGGAAGCAGCGGCCGCGAUGGCCUGCCUCACGAAGCCGGGCCAGGAGAAGGCGGAGGAGGUGUGCGCGCAGCCGGGCAGGCCCCUCUUAUCUCCCCUAGCUACAGCUUCCCGGUGCGCAGCCACCGGUAGCAAAACACCUCGCGGCCGGUCCUGCUGCUCCUCCGCCCUGUUGCCGGUGCCCGCGGCCGAAGGGGGACGAGCUUGAAGCAGCAGCGCGCCCCGGCGGCGGGAAGGCGUUGGCGAGCUGGGCUGCGACGGGGAAGCCUCGCUCCGGGCGCCCGCCUGCUCCCUCGCAUGGGAACACGGCGUCCGGUCUGGCUCCCCCUCUGUACAGGCGAGAAAGCAAUGUGCCGGAACGAACGCAGGGGAGGCGCCCCGAGAUGGUCGGGUGCUUCCGCACAUGGUGUACAAGAGGCCGAAGCGUUUGUCAGCUUGAAAAAAGAGAAAGCUAAGGGGGAAUGCGAUGGGUUUAGUUACCUGGCGAAGGUUUUAGAAAAAAUAGAGCCAAACGCCACUCGGAACACAAGAAAAAGAAGCCCUACAUUGUAGCUUCCGUUUUUUCUAUCGCAGAUUAUUUCACUUCAGUCCCAUUUCUACUUUUCUAAAGUCAAGUACCAAGCAAACCCCAUUUUCAGUUAGAAAAAAAGAAAAUUAAAGUGGAAACUGGAAUUAUUUUAACUUUUAAUAAGAAGAUACAAAGUUCUGAUCCCCAGGUCAAAUGGUAGGAGACAAUUUCCUUGCUCACAUCCCACUGUUUUCUUUCAGACUCUCCAGUAUAGAAGAUCUUACUCAGACCUUCUUCCAGCUGCCUGUUUUUCUCUGGUUUUUGUUCUCCUUUUCUAAACUGUUUCUCUAACACUGCACCACUAUCCAAAACAGUAAGGAAGAAAACCCUCUGUCCACAUAGUUAUAAUUCUUCAGUAGAGUCACAGAUCUGUUUGUAUCGAAUACAUGGCAGGGGGGAUUAUAGUUUAAGCUUUAGUUAUUUCCUAUCCUUAAUGCAAAUCAAAGUUUUAAACAUGGUUUAAUUGACCUGCGCACUGCAAACGAGGGAUCUUUCCCCUAUUUCUGUCUUCUCAAAUUUGAAGAGAAGAACACAGCAAGAAUAUUUUUUCCCCUCACAGUUAUUGUUUCUUGAUUUCUUUUGUCACAGAUUGAGAAACAGAAGCAGGAGCCAGUUGAUUUGAAACAGCAAGCACAAAAAGAUAAGAAGAUGGUGCAGUCCUCCAGGAACAGACUGCUCCAGCGUGGGUCCCCCAUUGGGGCACAAAUCCUGCAGCAAACUUGCUCCAGCACGGGCUCCUCUCUCCACGGGGCCACAGCUCCUCACAGGAGCUCGUUCCAGCGCGGGCUUCCCAUGGGGUCACAGCCUCCUUUGGGCAUCCUCCUGCUCUGGCAGGUGGAUAUCUGCCUGCCGUGGACCACCGUGGGCUGCAGGGGCACAGCCUGCCUCACCAUGAUCUUCCCCACAGGCUGCAGGGGAAUCUCUGCUCUAGCGCCUGGAGCACCUCCUCCCCUCCUUCCGCACUGAUCUUGAUGUCCGCAGAGUUGGUUGUCUCACAUACUCUCACUCAGCUGUUCUGGCUGCUGUGCAACAGCAGUUUCCCCCUCUUCUUAAACACGUUAUCCCAGAGGCACUACCACCAUCGCUGAUGGGCUCAGCUUCAGCCAGUGGUGGGGCCAUCUUAGAGUCGGCUUUGGCUCUGUCAAGACACUGGGGAAGCUUCUGGUAGCUUUUCACAGAAGCCUCUCUUGUAACGCCUCCCCACUACCAAAACCUUGCCAUGCAAACCCAAUAAAAUUAUAUUGUGGAUGUUGCUUUAAACUUAAUUUCUAGGCUUGUUAUUUCACUGGAGUGUAGCUUCUGCUGAGUUUGCAGCAUUUCUUCUAAUGAUGGAUUCUUUGUAGUUUUUUAAAACACAGCAUAGAAUUUCAGACAUUCAGUUCUGUAUGCUCUGUGUUUUAUGUUACAAUAUGAUGAUGAUUGGUUUAUCUCAAUUUCUGAUUUGCAGGCAGACUAUUAUGCACAACAAAUAAAACAACUGGAAGAGAAAUGUCAGAAAAAAGUUAGAGAAAUUGGCCAAAUUAAAUUAGAACUGAAAUUAAUAAGGGAGUUCUACAGGGAACAAGCAGCUAUGGAGAAAGAGCUGGAAGAUAAAAGACGAGAAGAAAAAGUUGAGAAAAAGCAAACAAUGAUGGCAGAGACUGCCCAGCAUGAGACUUACUCGCAGCUGACCAGCACUGAGAGAGAGGUGUUGAAGGAGGAUGUUUGUCUUCACAGUGCAUUUGCUUACCAGCUGAAAGGGACAGUAGAAUUGGAGAAAAUCAAACAGAAGUUAGAAGAGGACAAAAGUCUUCUGUUGCAGGAGAAGGAAACCACUGAGGGUUUGAUUCAAAAAACGAUCCUACAGAUCAGUCGCCAGAAAGCACAGAUUGGAGAUCUGCAGCGUAAAGUAGAAAAGCUGGAGAUGGACUUGUAUCGCAUGGCUACAGAAUCUGAGAAAAAGACUCAGAAAAUACAGCAUCAGGCGCUGAUACAAAACCAGGCAAGCAUGGUGGAGAUCAAGAAGCUGCAGCAACUACUAGAAAUGAAGGAUCGGGAGAUGAACCGAGUGAAGAAACUAGCCCGGAAUAUCUUAAAUGAGAGGACUGAGGUGGAAAGGUUCUUCCUAGAUGCUCUGGAACAUGUGAAGCAGGAGAUCAUAUCCAGUAGAAAGCAGUAUAAGAAAAAGGCCCAAACUGCCUAUUACAGAAAAAUGAUGGAGGCAUGUGCAGGGAAGGAAGAAUUUCCCAAAAUCAAAACAUUCAAAAGCAACAUAAAUAGCACAAAUUGUGUGUACAGAGACCUAGAGGAAGCAAAGAAAUGCUACUGGGAAAAAAUGCAGUUUGAAAAAGUGGAUAUCAGUGAGUUGACGUGGGAACAAAAAGAACGUGUUCUGCGAUUGCUUUUUGCCAAAAUGAAUGGCACGAAUCCAUGGCAAUAUUCUGUUUCUUGAGCAAUACACCAGAGUUUUGACUAUUUCAGCUCCAGCUGCUGCUGAUACUGAAGAAGAAAGCAAAACUGGCAGGCUGAAUUAUCAGAUUCUUCAUCAUCAUCUUCUGCAGUAAUCCUUCUGCAUACUCAGAUGUUGACACCACCGAGUAAGGCAGCUGCACACUUUGCAUGAAGAACAGCCACAGCAAUUACCGACUCAUCUACACUUUUCAUUUGGGAAGUCAUCUUGUGAUAAAGCUGUAAAUUCUAAAUCCUCUGUCUGCUGCACCACUACUUUGACUAUAUGUUUGAAAUCCACCUGAAAUACAGUUAUUUUCCUCCUUCUUAAAGAUUUUAAUUCUUUCCAAGCCAGGAGCUCAGAUGACCCUGUACAAAGCACUAGGAUUUGGACUAGUGGUUAGAACUUUCUAUAUGAGUUGCUAUAAUUUGAUGAAGAUCUAGUUUCAGUUUGCAAUAAAAAGUCAUUUACAUGAAGCUUAAGAGUUUUUGUGAUCAAAUGAUGUGUAUGUGGAAACAGAAACAAAGCAUUCCUUGAAAUGCUCUAUGAGGAAAUUGGUCUGGAGGUUCUUGAAAUACUGUAAAAAGAAAAUGGAUACGUGGGUUACAGGAGUCACAGAC